GUGAGACAGAGUGAGAGUAGAGAGAGAAAGAAGAGAGAAAAAAAAAAAGAGAAUAAAAAGAGACCGGAUGUUGACAAAUUUCAUGUCACUGUUCUUAGAAGGUCGUUUGUUUGUGUGAAGAUUUCUUAUCUGGGAUCUCUCUCAUUCUCUCUCCUCUCUUAACAAAAUUAAAAAUUAAAAAUUAAAAAAUUAAAUUAAAAUUAAACCCUUUUCUUUCUCCACUUUCUCUCUCUAAACUAAAAUCUCUUUGGUUCAGACACUGGCCCAGCAGAUCGAAAUCUUCAUCCCUUUCCUUCUUUCUUACCCUGAUUACGAUCUAAUUGGCUCUUCCUUCCUUCUAAGCUGGGUUGGUUUAAUUUUGAAGUUUAAUUUUUUUUAAAUUUCUUCUUCUUGUAAACUCAUUUGUAAAGUUCAUGCCUUUUUUCAGUCUCAGAGGACUCAAAUUUCAUGAUGAGAAAAAGGUUUUACAGAGAGAAUCAGUUUUGGGAGAGUUAUUGGAGGAUGUGGGUCUAAAGGGAGUCAAAGACAACACAAAGUCAGAUGCAAUCUAGUUUGGAUGCAUGGUAUUACAUAAUCUGCAUUGAUGUCUAUGUUUCUACCAACUACGCGUGCUACAUGUAAAAAUUUGUAAGACGUGUUAUGUGGAGGCGAUGUGAGUAUUUGGUGGUGGGUGCGCAGAAGCCAUUGCUUAAAAGAAUGGGAACAAAAGUGCAGUUUGAGAAUUACUUGCCUGCACAUUACUCCAUGAAGGAUCUUACUCGUGAAUCUAAUGGUGCUAGUUGGCCUUGUUUUGGUGAGAGCAACGGACAAUUUUAUUAUGGUUUUCUGCCUAGGACCGUCGCGGAUUCACAUCCAGGAUAUGACAAGGAUGUUAUGAAGCAGACAAUGCUGGAGCAUGAAGCUAUAUUUAAGGACCAGGUCAGUGAACUACAUCGACUAUACAGAGUACAAAGAGAUAUGAUGGACGAGGUCAGGAGAAAAGAACAAACUAAACAGCGGAUUCCCUAUGAAACAUCAUCUUCUUCAAGCCCUGUACCUUCCCAAAUGCAAUACGAGGAUGUGCAAAGAUGGAAUGGUCAAAACCUUCCAUUGUCAAACUCAGCUUGCGGUAGACCUCCCAUUUCAGCUCCCGAAUCGUCACCAUAUUCUGCCAAAGGAAAGAGCAUACAAGCCAGUACAAGUUCAUUUCCUAAUUGCUAUAGCCCUAAAAAUUCGGAGUCAGAGUCUAGACCCACAAAACUUAGAAGAAGAAUGUUCGAUCUGCAACUCCCAGCUGAUGAGUAUGACGACACAGACGAAGUGGAGCAGUUCACUGAUGUAAAAGUUUCUAAUAAUAUGAUGAGUCCUUCCCCUGAUAAAAACAGAAAGUUUACAGGGGGGAAUGGAAAAUUGUUCAUGGAAUUUCAGGGAGAUACAUCAAGAUCUGAUUUGCAUGUCAGUAAACCAAGGGCUCUGGCAGACUUGAAUGAGCCGUUAAAUGUGGAGGAAGCAACCUCUGUUGACUUUUUGCGCCGUGGUCAAUGUGAUGUUCAGUACAGGGAGGUUUCUGCACGAUCACGAUUGAUAAGUUCAUCUAGUGAUGUUCCUCAGAAUGGCAGCAUGAAUGGAACUUUGAACAAUGUACAUUUAGAAAACCGAUCUAACGGCGUAGACUGGCUUUGCUAUGCAUUAGAAUCAGAAAAUAAAGGCCGCAUUAGAUCCAUCAACCAAGGAACCUGUCCCGAAAAAGUGCAUGUACCGUCUCAGCCAGUACAUAUCCGGCAUGAUCAAACUCCAGCUUUUCUGACCAGUGAUCGUGUCAAUGGAAGUCCUUGGAAAGCAAAAUCUGCUUCUCAUCUUCCUAAUCAAUCUGGGUUUUUUCAUCCCUCUGAUUUGGGUAAGUCAUGGGAUCAGUGUACCUCAUCUUGGGGGAAUCCGUGCAGCUUUUUGGGCCAAAAGCCCAUACCAGUUCAAAGAAGUCCAUAUCCAACUUGUGCUACCUUGAGCAAGAGUCCCCAAUCGCCUGCCCAGAACCAUAACUUGUUUGGUAAUUAUAAGUGGAAUCUAAAUAGUAGCCCUUCAGCUUUGGGGAAUGAGACGCCUGUGAAAAAUGGGUUUUAUAAAGGAAAUAGUAUCAACAACUCCAAGGGCAUCAAUGUGAAUCCUAUGAGAGAUAUGAACUUGAAUAUGGCACUUCCAAAUGGUGAUCAUUUUAGCCAGAAAGGUGUUAGGAUCAUAGACAAGUCGGAGGAGGAUCCUGUAGCUGUUCUGCCAUGGCUUAGAGGAAAGGGUGCUUGCAAUAAUAAUAAUAAUAAUAAUAAUAAUGACAAUAUUAAUAAUGAGGCAGAGAAUUCAAGGAAAGGUCUUAACUCACUGCUUUCUCGAUGGGGUUCUUCAGUUGCUUCAAAUUCAUGUGAGGGUGAUGUUAAAGCUCAGAGCAGAAAAAUUCUCGGGGUACCCAUAUUUGAUAACCCUCCAACACCGAAGAAAAAGAUUUCCAACCCUUUGAUAAUUCACAAUUGUUCGGGAAACAAGGAGAGUGGAUUUAGAGGUAAUUUUGAUAUGAAUUUACCUUGUGAUCCCACAGAAGAAGAGGAAGUUGUGAUUGUAGAAGAGAAAAUUCAUACUAGUAUCAUACAUCAUUUUGAUCUUAAUUCUUGCUUAACUGAGGAGGAAAUUCCAUCGACCUCUGUUUUAGAAAACAGAAACUCCAUAAGGAUUGACACCGGUAUAGAUUUGGAAUCCCCCGCCAUUCUAGAAGUUGAGGAUGAAGAUUCUUCGAUUAAGGAACAUAAUAAUGCUGAUGAUGAACUUGAACUUGCCAAGUCAGCAGCAGUGGCAAUUAUGUCAUUAAAUCAAUCCGAAGAAGCACCAACUUGCCUUCAAGUACAAGUACAAGUAGAAACUGAGUUGGAUGAUCCCCUUGAGUGGUUUGUUGAUAUCGCUUGUUCUGAUAUUGAAAAUGGGGAUAGGCGGCUACCUGUAGCUGUAACUGGAGAAGGUUUGGAUGAUUUCGAAUUGAUGACUUUGAGGCAGAAGGAGUGCAGUGUGGAGGAGUAUUUCCCAAAACCGAGCUUUCCAGAAGUCCCGAACAUUGAAGAAAAAGGGGGGAAAUGUAUGUUAACAACAAGUAGAGCACGGAAAGGACAUGGUCGUAGAGGAAGACAAAGAAGGGACUUUCAGAGAGACAUUCUACCUGGACUAACAACACUUUCAAGGCACGAAGUAACUGAAGACCUUCAGAUGUUUGGAGGACUAAUGAGAGCUACAGGUCAUCCUUGGCAAUCUGGACCAAAUAGGACUAGAAACGGAGGAGGAGGAGGAUGUGGUAGAGGCAGGCGACGAGCAGUAGUAGCAGCACCAAACAACACUGUAUUGAAGCAGCAGCAGCAGCAGCAGCAUCAAUUACAGAAGAAUAACGAUACACAAGUCAUUUUGGAGGAUAGAAGCCUCACGGGUUGGGGAAAAACAACUAGACGUCCCAGAAGACAAAGGUGUCCCGCAGGUACUCCUCCGCUACCUUUGACCUAAUUCAUUUCAUUUUAUGAGUCGAAGAAUCUAUCUAUAGAGAGAGAGGGGGGGGGGGGGGGGGGAUACUCGAGUAGAGUUGUUCGUCCAAGACCUUGGAGUUGUUCGUCCAAGACCUUGGUAACUGAGCUUUUUUUUUUUCUUUUUUUUCUCUUCUAGUGAGAAAGGGGAUUGUGUUUGUACAUUAUGUUCUGUAGCCCAAAAUUUGGGUCCCCUUUAAAUUAUGUGUUUUCUGCAACCAACUUUGUAUUGUUUGAUGAAUAAUGUUGCAUAGAGUUUCUUGUCCUA